AUGUGUAAGAACUGUUUCAACAUCUACAGCACUUGGAUCCCCCAGGACGUCACCGACGUCGUUAUUCAAGCCAUCAAUGGAGUUCCCCACUUUUGUGCAAAGCACAACGGAGGCCUUCCCUUUGCCUUCCACUGGGAGCCUAACCAGUUCAAGUACUUCUUUUACCACUGGUAUCAUGCUCCUCACGAUGAUAUCCUGAAGUUCAAGGCUCAAGCCAUCUACGAAGUCAAGGUCAUGAAUUUGGCGAGAUGGAAUGACUUUGACACUUUCGACCUUGCCUAUUCUGGCGUCACUGCUACUCGUGCCGUUAUGAAGGCUGACAAGAGGUUAUUAGCCAGAAUGCCUCCAUCAAAUGCUCCGCUGUAUAAUGAUCUUUCAGAGCAUUUUGCAAAGCAAGUUGCCGCUGCUAAGAAGCUUUCUGCUUCGAGAGCAGUAGAGAAACCAAGAGCUGCCCCUUCAUUUUCCGUGGACCAAGGUCCUCGAGGAUUUUUGCAGCUUCUCUACAAGCAAAAAUCCCCAUUCUUGCCUGGUGACUUCCCAUGUUUCAGACAUGCUACCAGCGAGAAGCAGCACGAAGCAUUCCUUCCUUGCGAUUUCUACAAGUUCAAGGAGAUUUUCAAUGAGGAUCAAGAGAAGUGCUUCCUUCCUUGCAACUUCUACAAGUUCAAGGAAAUGUUCAGCGAAAGUCGCCAGAAGAAUUUCCUCCCCAUUGACUUUUACAAGUUCAAGGAAAUCUUCCGUGAAGAAAGCCCCGAAAGCUUCCUUCCCAUCUACUUCUACAAGUACAAGGAGUACACCAACGACGAGCAGUCACUCGAGUACCUUCCUCGUGACUUUUUCAAGUACAUUGAAACCGUCUACCCCAAGUGCUCCCGUACUUACCUUCCCAAGGAUUUCUACAGGUUUGAGGACUCCCUCAAGGAGACACCGCCCUCCUUCUUCUUGCCUGGAGAUUUUCCACAUUUCGAGAAGCUUCUCUCCAAGAAUUGUCACCCUGUAUCGCAACGCCAUGCUGGUACCACAGAGGGUGUCAACCUCAAUCUCGGAGCUAGGAAGUUCUUCCUCCCUAGAGACUUUCACAGUUUCUUCCGGACCUGGACAAAGGAAGACUAUGGUCCACAGUUGGAGCGCAAGAGCCUGAAGAAGACUUCGAAGCCGAAGAAGUCUUCGAGAAAGCUCUCAAAGAAGCAUCGUCUUGUGAGCUUCUUGCGCAGCCUUCGACCUUCCCGGGUCCGCUAG